UAAUAUUUAGAAAAGGCAAAAAUUAAACAAGAGUGUUUAACAAACAAACCGCCAUCGGCGUGUGGCAUCACUUUUUGUUAAAACAAUAACAAAUACAACGAAAAAUCAAUAAGGCAGCGGCUGUUACAGUUAAACAGCUGCUCACUCCUUUUGUAGUUCCAACGAAUUACGAAUACAAAAAGCAACGAAAACGGAGCAGACCAGCAGGAAUACAAGUGAAGCAGCAUGGUCUUCGAGGCCGUGGUUACCGAUGUGCUUAACAAGGUGCUCGGUGACUACAUUGAGAACUUGGAUCACAAACAAUUGAAAAUUGGCAUCUGGGGAGGCGAUGUGGUAUUGAAGGAUCUAAAGAUACGAGAAAAUGCGUUGGAUGACUUGGACCUGCCCGUACAACUAAUCUACGGUUACUUGGGCAAGUUGGUGUUGAAAAUACCCUGGAAGAAUCUUUAUAGCCAGCCGGUGAUAGUAGAUCUAGAGGAUCUCUAUGUGCUGGUCUCGCCCAACAAUAACGUACAGUACAAUGCCGACAAGGAGGCCAAGUAUGAGCUGGACGCCAAGCAAGUGGCGUUAAAUGCUUUGGAAGCAGCACGCAAAAAGGAACUAGAGAAAGAUCAACCUAAAGCCGAUGCUGGUUUCGCUGAGAAACUCACUGCCCAAAUUGUUAACAACCUGCAAGUGCGAAUCAGCAAUGUUCAUGUGCGCUAUGAGGACAGCACGACCACGGGCACAGCCUUCGCCUUUGGCUUGUCGCUACACGAGCUGGAGCUCUAUACGACUGACCAGUUCUGGGAGAAGUGUUACAUGUCGGAGCGCGCAGCUCAGGUGUUUAAAAUAGCGAAUCUCUCCUGCCUGUCGGCUUAUAUGAACUGCAAUACGCGCAUGUUCCUAACCCAAGGCAAGGAACACUUUUCGGAAUUAUUUAAGGAGAACAUAGCACGCAAGGACUUUACGCCCCUGCGUUAUAAUUAUGUUUUGGGUCCCAUUUGCUGCAAUGCCAAGCUGAAGCUAAAUAUGAAUCCGGAGCUGGAUAGUCCGCCGUUCGAGAAACCAAAGAUUGAACUCAACAUGGAAAUGGAGACACUUAAUGUGGGCCUAACCAAUACGCAAUUUCAUAAUAUUAUGCAGCUGGGCGACUCUAUGAAUCGCAUGCAGUUGGGCCUGCCCUAUCGCAAAUAUCGUCCUUAUAAUAUACCUUACAAGGGCCACGCUAAGCAGUGGUGGAAAUUUGCCAUUACCGCUGUGCUGGAGCAUGAUAUUCGACGAGUGCAUCGCACCUGGACCUGGUCAUAUAUCAAGGAGCAUCGCGAGCGCUGCAAUACGUACGCUGAGAAAUACAAAGAACGCGAGCUGAGCAAGAAACCCCCCGCUUCGCUGCUGGCAGCCUGCACUUUGCUGGAAACCGAAUUGGAUCUGUUUAAUCUGCUGUUGAUACGACAACGUGUUAAUAUAGAGAUUGCCAAGCUGCGUGAGGCAGCGCCUGAAGAGAAACCGGGCUGGUUCAGUGGCUGGUGGGGCGGCGGCGGCGGCGCCAAGAAAGAGGAAGCCGGCAAUGAGCAAAAUUUUGCGCGCAAAUUCGAGGCUGCCAUGACGGCAGAGGAGAAAGCAAAGCUCUACAAUGCCAUUGGCUAUCAGGAGAAUGCGCAUCCGCAGGAUGUGCCCGAAAGCUACGAAGCCAUCAAGCUGCAUUUUAAGCUCAUCGCUUUGGACAUUGGUCUGUAUCAGGAGCUGGAGAUUGACAACAACGAUACGCGCAAAUCCUAUAACUAUCACGAUCUGCCAGCGAUAAUGCUGCUGAAGUUCAACAUGGCCACCGCUUCCAUCACACAGAGACCUGCCGCCGAAGCCAUAAGCGUAACUGCUGGCAUGAAGGAGCUCAAGCUGACGGGCAUGACGCGUGACAAUUAUACGCCGCUGCUGGUGGAGUCCAAGAUAACCGACGAGUUCAAUCUGCUGGAUAUAUUCUUUGAAACCAAUCCGCUGGAUAAGCAGUGUAAUCAACGCGUCAAGGUGGUGGCGCGUCCGCUGCAAAUAAUCUACGAUGCGGAGACUAUACUCUGUCUGCACAAGGUCUUCAAGCCGCCCACGAAUGUGAAUCUGUCCCACAUUGAGCAGACAGCGGCAUCCAGUCUGUACGGCAUCAAGGAGCGCUCGGCCACAGGCAUGCAGUACAUUAUCGAUCAGAAGUCUGUGCUGGAUGCGGACAUAUUGCUCAUGCCGAACAUAAUAGUGCUGCCACAUGGCGGCAUGUAUGUGCCUGGCGAGAAAUCACUGAUUGUACUCAGUCUGGGCGAGGUGCAUAUAACAACGCGGCCGCGUGAUCGCAUGGACUCCACUGUGACCGCUUUGCAUUCGCAGGGCGAGCGUCACGAAAGCAUUUUGGAGCGUGUUAUGGACAAUGCAUAUGAUAAGUUUGUGGUGGAGCUGAAUGACAUACAGCUGUUGGUCACGCGUCCCAAUGAGGACUGGCAGCAGGCACUGAGCAUGGCAGUGGCCACUGAAAUGCACGUGCUCCAACCCACGUCCAUGACGCUAAGCGCUGCGCUGUGUGUCGUAGAGAAAGAUCCACGUCUGCCCAACCUUAAGAUUGAUAUUCAAGUGCCUGCAGUGAAGAUCAACGUUACCGAGGCGCGCAUUUUGGACGCCAUCAAAGUGGUCACCAGCAUACCGCUGCCUGAGGGCGAUACCAUAGAGCCACUGCCCAUGCUUGCGCGUUCCCAAAGCUCCAUUUCCAACUUCAUUAAUCGCGAGAUUAAGAAACGCAAUGCGCCUGUGGCGUCGCUCAAUGUGCGAGGGGUCGGCGAGCAGGAGAUUGUGCAGUAUACCAAUGUGCAGGUGGACUUUGCGCUGCAGGAAAUCUGCCUGACCCUCUAUCAGUCCAACAAACUGUGCGAGGUCAGCAGCUCCUCCGAAUCCACGGCUUUCAAUACACCAGAGCAGGAAAUGGCCGACCAGUCGGCGCUUAUAGAACCAGAGCAGCAGCAGAGCAGCAGCAACAGCAACUCGCAGCUAUGGGGCAGCACCUUGGGCUCGCAGCGCAUACUCUCAGUGCAAGUGCUAGCGCUGGAGGCGCAUCUGGCGCAGCGCACCUAUGAGACGGUGGCAUCUGUUCGAUUGGGCGGCAUUAAUGUCAAGCAGUACGACUGCAAGGCGUACGCAGAGCAAGUGCUGGACAUUAUAGAUACGCCAGGCUAUACACAGGAUCUGCAAUAUCUGUUAACCAUCUCGUAUACGCUGGCGGAUAAAAUCUCACCCGAGUUCAAUACCAAGUACAAUUCCACGGAGCAACUGUUGGUUGUUAACUUUCAAGUCUUGGACAUAGUGCUGCAUCAGGAGUGCCUGCAGACUCUGCUGGCUUUGGCCAACAAUUUCCAGCAAAGGCUGGACGAGAUUGUCAAAACCAUUAGGCGUGGCACACACUUUGCCUCCGCUGGCGAUGGCGAUGGUCUUAGGCAUAGACUAAACGUCAUUCUGGAGGAAACCGAAAGCAUUAUAACGGCAACGCAGCCAGCGCGCAAGGCGCCCUCAGCCAAAUAUCGCGUGGUGGACAGCAUCAAAAUGCGAGUGGUCGCCAAUUUGAAUCAGGUUAAUCUGAAGCUAGAGACGCGUCGACGUCCGCUCGCCUCGCUGCAUGUUAAUAAUUUCAUCACCAAUGUAACGCUCAAGAGCUCAUACACCGAGGUCAACAUUGGGCUCAAGGACAUUAAUGUCAUCGAUCUGAAUGCCCGAACUAUACACCAUAAUAUCUUGAGCAUGGUGGGUCAGGAUGCCUUCAAUUGCCAGCUGGUGCUGUAUAACAAGGACGAAACGCAGGAUUACAAUUCGGAUGAUAUGAAGAUCACAGUGGACAUUGGCUGCAUGAAGAUUAUAUUCCUCAACUGGUUUGUCGCUGGCGUCUUGAACUUCCUGAACAAUUUCCAAGCGGCACGUCAAGCUAUAUCCGAUGCCAGCGCCGCAGCAGCGGAAAGCGCUCGCCAGAAUGCAUUGGAUGCAUAUGAAAAGGCCACGCGCAUGAAACUAAAUGUGCGCAUUAAGGCGCCCAUCAUUAUCAUACCCGUAGACUCGCUGAGCAACAAGGCUUUGUCACUGGAUUUGGGUCUGCUGGAGCUGAGCAACAGCACCACGGAGCAGCGUGUGCCGCACGCUACUGAGAUGGCUGUGAUGGAUGAAAUCAAGCUGCAACUGAAGGACGCCAAGCUAACCAAAGUUACCAUUUUAACUGACGAUGAGACUUCUUCAUUUGUAGAUGAAGUGGAUGCGGCCAUUGGUGUCAAGAGCUCGCUUAAUAUGAUGGAGCCCAUGAGCUUUACUCUAAGCGUUAAGCGUAAUCUUUCCAGCACUUGGUACCGCGACGUGCCCGAACUUGAUCUCUCGGGUCGUCUCAAGUCGAUUGAGCUAACGCUAUUCGCCAACGAUUAUGCACUGGUUAUGUCCAUACUGAAUCGUAAUCUGACUGAGGGUCAGGAUGAAUUCCCGCCAGAUAAAGAUUUCGAUGCAGCAAAGCCAGCAGCAGCCGCUGUGCCCUCGUCCACCAGCAUAGACUCACGCCCAUCGAGCCAUGCCGUCUCCAGCGAAGCCAAAGUCUAUGAGACGCUCAAGUUCAACUUCCAAUUCGAUGGCGUUAUUAUAAAUCUAAUGGAGGCGGAAAAUCAAGGCCUGGCACGCUUUGGCAUUUACUUCUUGUCCGUCAAGGGCACCAAAUUGAGCAACAAUACGCUGAGCACAUCCACAGUCUUGUGUAAUAUACAAUUGGAUGAUACGCGUCCAAAUACGAAGAGCCAAAUUCGUCAGUAUCUGAGCCGCAAGGAUUGGACGCAGCCCAAGUUCGAUACCGACGAGAUUAUAGAUGCGUGCUACAAUGAGCGCAAUUAUAUGGUGGAUGUUACGGCUAUAAUCAAAGAGAAUGAUAUAUUUGCUGAGGUGCGCGUAAAUGGCUUUGAGCUGAUUGUCUGCAUUGAUUUCCUAUUGAAGCUCAGCAAAUUCUUGGCUUUACCACCCGAUAUGGAAUCUCCCAAGUCGGCACAUCGUCAAACUGUGUUGGAUGCGCCUGUGGCCGCAGCACGCCACACAAUAACAUCCACUAAUGAAGCAGCUGCCAGCAGUGUGACCAAGAAAAUGAAUCUUAUACUGCAUAUUGAAGAGCCCGAUCUUAUACUGGUCGAAAGUCUGGAUGAUCUAAACACCAAUUGCAUUAUAUUCAACGCACAAGCGCAUCUCAACUAUCGCUCCAUCAACGAGAAGCAAAUCAUCAAUGGCGAAGUAAACGCGUUGAAGAUGUACAUGUGCUCCUUUUUGCCAGAGCGUCGCGAGCAAACGCGUCAUUAUAUACUGCUGCCUUGUGUCAUUAGCCUGCAGGGCUCCACGCCCGAGGAGGAGGGACUGCAUUUGAGCCUGAAGCUCAGUGAUAUUAUUAUAAAUGUCUCACCUGCCACCAUAGAGCUGCUGAACAAGGCAAUGGUGAGCGUUACCAGUGGCGUGGCCGAAAAGGUUGCCAUUGAUAGCGCCACAGUGGAUUAUUCGGAGCUUUGGUAUCCACAAGCGUACAACUCACGCUCAUAUUGGUUUACCAAAGUGGAGAAGGGCACUGAUGCGCUGCAGCUUGUGUCCUCCGACAUGCGCUUCGAAGGCAGACAAAAGACGGAAAAGUGCGUCAUUGAAGUGCCUGGCAUAACGCUGGUCAUUGAAACGGGCGUGGGCUACUACACUAAGCCGCUUAUAUCGCUGGACACGCGCAUUACAGCUGUGUUCAAUAACUGGAGUCGCAACCUCAGCGCACAUGGCUCACUGACGCUCAAUAUGAACUAUUACAAUCAAGUGCUGGCCGAGUGGGAGCCCAUUAUUGAGCUGAAUGAGGUUGUCGGACGCAAUGGCAUUAUCGAGUAUACGCCCUGGGAGCUUAAGUUUGAUCUGGAGCUGGAAAAGGUGGAGAGCGAGCUGGAUGACGAGGAAGACAGUUUGGCCACCAGCAUACGCAUACAUUCCGAAGAGAAUCUGGAGAUAACCUUUAGCAAAACUUGCAACAAUCUGCUGCGCGAACUAGGCGAAGCCUUCUCUCAAGCUAUAGACGAGAAGGGCAUGACCAAACCGGAUGUAGUCGCACCGUAUGUGGUUGAGAACGAUACAGGCUUUGAGAUAACAUUGGAUCUGCGACGCGGCUUGUUCACGCUGCAUGAAGCACAUCGCGGUGGACAGAACGUUCUGAAUGCUUCGCUGGUGUUGCAUUCAAUUAGCGGCAUGGGACAUCUGGUAGAUCCGACGGAUAUACAAACCUGCAGCAUAUCGCCAGGUGGUCGUGCCUACUUGCAGACGAAAGAUCUAAGCACUGUGCCCGCAGACGAAGCUGAGGACUAUAAUCUAUAUGUGCAGAUUGGCGACAUUAGGAAGGGUGUUGUGCUGCCUGUGUCCAAGGCCGACAAACGUUACUUCCCGCUAAUGCGUAGCACAACUCAAGACCCUUGGGGCAUUAUAUCCGAAGUUAAGCUCGAAUAUGGCACCACCAAAAUCAACAUUCAUGGCGUUGUUAGCGUCUACAAUCAUUUCACCACGCCCAUUAAGCUGUAUCGUCGCCGCAGCACGGACAACUCCGAGGUGUACAUAGGUCAGGCGCUGCCAGGCAAAUUGUUUCACAUGCCGUUGCAUGCCAUCUACGCCACUGCCAAGGAGCUCUACUUCUCAGUGCAGGGCUACAGGAUCUCAGUGCAGGGUGUCUGCUGGAAUGCCAAUCCCUCAGAUCUCGACUACGCGCAGCAGGUGCAAUGCGAUCCCAUAGACACCUUUGAGUCGCUCUAUAUCAAUACCUCGCGCCAGCGCCAGGAUGUCUACUAUGAACACAGCAUGAAGUACAAGCUGCUGAGCGUGCAGUUCAUUAUACAUCUGCGUCCGCCGCUUUAUUUGCGCAAUGCGCUGCCCAUUGACAUACAAGUGUCUGUGGCUGGCUGCUCGGGACAGCAGGAUACACAGCAGCUGGAUGCGCUGCCACUGAGCCACUUUAACUCUGGCAAUGAGGACUUUUUGGACUACGGCGAAAAGGAGGUGUCGCCGGGGCACUUGCUGCAUUUACCAACGGUGCGAAUUACGCAAAAGGAUAAGACCAACAAAAGUUUCCUGGUGGUGCGCCUGCUGCAAUAUUUGGAAAAAGAUUGGUCACAUGCCACUGAGAUUGCCGAGUGCGACUGCGAGAUAUCUGUGUGGACUUUUGCCUCUUAUGAUUCCGCUGUCAAAAUGGAAAUGGAUCUCUAUGUGCGCUCGGAGAAUCGCUAUGGCAGUUUGGUGCUCACGCUGUACAGUCCCUUCUGGAUGAUCAACAAAACAGGCCUCAUGCUGACCUACAAGACGGACAUCUCCUCCGUGGAAGUUCUAUACCAUCCGCCAGAGUACUCUGGCCCCAUACUGUUCACCUUCCGCGACAAGUUCUUCUUUGACAAAAAGAAAGCCGCCAUACGCAUAGACAAUGGCGAGUGGAGCGAGAAGAUUCCACUCGAUGUGGCCGGCUCCAUAGGCAAUGUCACAUGCCAAUCCAAUGGGCAAAGCUAUCAAAUCGGCGUGCACAAUCAUUUGACGCAAAAUUCGCUUAGCAAGCAAAUUACCUUCAUACCCUUCUACAUAGUGCGCAACAAGUGCAGCUUUAACAUUGAGCUGCAGGAGCAGAAGCGUCCGGGCGAUCCCUGGCUGCUGCUGCAGCCGCAGCAGUGCGAGCCGCUGUGGCCCAAGCACGACUCCUCGCACAAACUGCUGGUGCGUGUGGAUGACAGGCUCACGCCCGCCUUUGACUACACCGAAGUCACUUGCACGCUGCUCAUACUUAACCAUUGUCGCUAUGGCGGCGUCAAUGUCGAUGUGCAGACCACUGAGGGCGGCGUUUACAUUACGUUCACCGAGUACCAGGAGGCAGAUGCGCCUGGCCUGCUAAUCAAUCACACGCGCAAGGAUAUUAUUUACUAUGAGAAGCACACAAAGAACGAGCAAGUGCUGAAGCCCAAGCAGCGUGUGCUCUUCGCCUGGAGCGAUCCAACGGGCUCUAGGAUUUUAGUGUUUGGCAAGGACAAGCAGGAAACUGAUUUGCGACGCGAUGCAGUAGAGGAUCUGACCAUGCAAGAUGGCAGCAAGGCCUAUUGGGUGUCGUUCUUGGAUGGUCUGCAGCGCGUGCUGCUGUUUACCGAGCUGGAGUCCAUAGCCAAGCGCACUGGCACCACCGCAGCGCUGCAGAAGAUUACACAAAGCAUCGAUUUGCAUAUACACGGCAUUGGUCUGUCCGUGGUGAACAAUGAAACAGGCUUGGAUAUACUCUAUCUGGGCGUUACCAGCUCCGGCAUUAUAUGGGAAUCGCGCAAGCCGAAUAAGAAGCGCUUCAAGGAGCUGACCAUCUAUCACACUGAGCUCAUAGAGGCGGAAUAUCAGCGCUAUUUGGUGAACAAAUCUGUAAACAAUUUGCAAAGCUACAAGCUGGACAACAAGUAUCCUCUAAACUUCGACAACAUGGUCAUGGUGAAGGCCUGCGAGCGCAAGCUGCGUCGCAACUUCUAUCCUGCCAUUUGGAUAUCGAAAAGAUCGUCGCCUUUCCAAAAUCAGCUGCAUGUGAAAAUCAAUCGCAUACAGGUGGACAAUCAGUUUAUGGAUCCCAUAUUCCCAGUGGUGCUGGCGCCCAUUGCACCGCCCAAGAGUGUGGCCACCAGCACAACGCUCAAGCCCUUCAUUGAGUGCAGCGUGGUGCAGCGCGUCAUGCCCAACUCCAAUGUGAAGCAGUUCAAAUACGCCACCAUACUCAUACAGGAGUUCCACUUCAAGGUGGACAUACUGUUUCUAACGGCCAUUGCGGAAAUGUUUGCCAGCACCGUGAGCACGAACCAGGCUGCCAAGCUGUUCCGCACUGAUGUGGAGUCCAUACAGCUGCCGCUUUCAACAUUCUUCGAGCAGCAUUCGCAGCAGGAGCAGAAGCACUUCUAUGAUAAUUUGCAUUUGGGUCCGUUGAAGAUACACGUGAGCUUCUCCAUGGCGGGUUCGGACACCACAGCGCUGCCUGGUUUUCUGGGACCGCUGGCGCAAGGCGUGGGCGUCACUUUGACAGAUGUGAAUGACGUGGUCUUCCGCUUAGCUUUCUUUGAGCGACAGUAUCAGUUCUUUACGCAACCGCAGCUCAUCUCGGAGGUUACCUCACACUACACGGGACAAGCGCUAAAGCAGCUUUAUGUGCUGGUGCUCGGUCUGGAUGUGCUGGGCAAUCCGUAUGGUCUUGUGGUGGGACUUAAGAAGGGCGUGGAGGACUUGUUCUACGAGCCGUUCCAGGGCGCUAUUCAAGGUCCUGGCGAAUUCGCCGAAGGUCUCAUGCUGGGCGUCAAAUCUCUGUUUGGGCACACUGUUGGUGGCGCAGCGGGCGCCAUGUCCAAAAUCACUGGCGCCAUGGGUAAGGGCUUGGCUGCCUUGACCUUCGAUGAUGACUAUCAACGCAAGCGGCGCCAAGGCAUGCACAACAAGCCUAAGAACUUCCAUGAAGGCUUGGCACGCAGCGGCAAGGGCUUGGUUAUGGGCUUUGUGGAUGGCGUUACUGGCGUGGUUACCAAACCGGUGAGCGGCGCACGCGAACAAGGCGUUGAAGGCUUCUUCAAGGGUCUGGGCAAGGGCGCUGUGGGUCUGGUGGCUCGUCCCACUGCAGGCAUGGUGGACUUUGCUAGCGGCAGCUUUGAGGCUGUUAAGCGCGCCACCGAAUCUGGCGAGGAUGCCAAGCGUAUGCGCCCACCACGUUUCCAGCAUUACGAUCAUGUGCUGCGUCCUUACUGUCAUACCGAGGCUAUGGGCAACAAGAUGUUGAAAGAACUGGAUAAAGGCAAAUAUGGCUGCACCGAUAGCUUUGUGCACGUGGAGGAAAUCAUACAAAAGUCGGAGUUUCUGCUGGUCACCAAUUACCGCUUGAUCUAUGUGCAACGCAACGAAAUGUUUGGCGUCUGGACGUCCCUUUGGUCAUAUCAAUGGUUGGAAAUAAAGGAUAUCACGUCCAACUCACGCGGCGUGCAGUUUACGCUACGACACGAGCCCAAGAAAGUGCUGGGCCUGUUCUCAUCCAGUGAAUCGCCAAGCAAACUGGUCGUCGUGGCCGAUGAGCGCAAGCGCUUAGCCCUGCUGGAUAUUAUGGAAUCUCAGCGCACGGAAGACACGCGCAUUACUAAAGUUCAAUAAAACUAGUGACGUGUCCUCCACCUCCGCAUGCGACUAACUCCUUUUUUACAUAGUUUUAUGUAUAUGUAUAUUAUUAACAGAGCGCUACUACUACUGUUUCUUUUGAUAUUAAACACAAAUUUUAUGUCAA